CGCAUCUGGCGCAGACUGCAGCACUCUCGCGAUGAACGGCUGCUACAGCGCAAUCAAGUACACGGGCCUGCUCUCCAAUCUGCUGUACAUGCUUCUGGGCAUUGGCGUGAUGUGUGGAGCAGGAUUGGGGCUGCAGGUGGCGGAGCCCAACACGCCAGAGCACACGUACUUCGUGAAGAGUCUGGUCCUGGGUGGCACCAUCUGCAUGAUCGUGAUGUUCGGCUGCUAUGGUCUGGUCUGCAACCUGCUCUGUGUCAAUCUGAUUUUCACCCUGUUCAUUCUGAUUGCCCUGGCUGCGGAGUAUCUGCAGCUGCACCACUAUCACAGUCCGUCCCCCAAGAGCUUCAGUGGCGCCUGGCAGCAGCUGGAACUGGCCUGGCGUGGUCUGGACAGGGAGCCCGACCUGAUGCACCGGUACGAGGCCGCGCGGCACUGCUGCGGCUUCAACGGCGCCGACGAUUACAAGCGCCUGCAUCUGCUGGUGCCGGCGAGCUGUUAUCAGGCCACUGCCAACGACACCGCCCAGCAGGUCUAUCCGAUCGGCUGCCUGGAGACGCUGAGCCACAGCCAGCGGUACAUUCAGCAGCGCGAUAAGCUGGCCAUGUGGGCCAUCGUUGGCCUCGAGAUCUUCAUACUGCUGCAGACAGUGGCGCUAAGUGUGCUGCUCUUCAGGCUGCGCCAGCGGCAGCGACUCGCACGCAGACAGGUGCCGCCAGGUGUGCGGCGCGAACCGCGCUCCAACCAUGUGACCGCCUCACGGGCCCAGCUCCUCAACGAGGCCUGACGUGAUAAUGCCUGAUCUUAUCGAAUGGAUUUGUUGGUUGUUGUGGUUGUCAGAGUUCUAAAUUCGCCUAUGUAUUAAUGUCAUUGUGGAUCAAUGUAACCUGUAAUUGAACAAUGAAUGUGUUACGCCCCAAAUGGCACAACAGAUUUAUCAGAAAUUCAAUCAUAUUGACAUUUUUUGGAUUAAAUAUGUAAUAACAACGAUCA